UAGGUCCAACAGGAAAAUGGGUAACCAAUUAACCUGGGAGAUAUUCCCACAUCCUGUUUUUGAAAGAAAGAAACCAUUUUGAAAGUUAGAAACGAGUUGGAACAAUGUUGCGUUUAAGCUGAGCUCAAGCAGCAGAGUUUUGCUGGACGAAUGAGCCCAAAUCUCGGCCCCAGAGGUCAAGGGGCAUGGACAGAGCACAGGUCAGGAUUUGCUCUGGGAACAGUCCCUGGGACAGAGGACAUACGAGGGGAGGAGCUCCUUGCCCGUGAGGCUGCGGGGAGCCCGGAGCUGGCCUGGAAGGACUGGAAGAACCGGGCUCUGCGGCGGAAGCAAAGUGAUGUGAAUUAUUAAAAAAAAAGAAAAAUGGCCCAACGGAGCACUGUAUUUCCUUCUCUUGUCACCAAGGAAAGGUAUAAUAUAUGGAAAACAUGCAUCUAAGACGCGUCAGAACCAUGCCCCGACACAGCCAGUCCCUGAGCAUGGCACCCUACUCUGUGAACCUCAUGGAGCAGCUGGAAGACAGGAUCCUGUGCCACGAGAAGACAACGGCCGCCCUCGUGGAGCACGCCUUCCGAAUUAAGGACGACAUCGUCAACAGUUUGCAGAAAAUGCAAAACAAAGGGGGAGGCGACCGCUUGGCCAGGCUUUUCCUGGAGGAGCACAUCAGAAACAUGACUGCCAUCGUGAAGCAGCUGAAUCGGGACAUCGAGGUACUCCAGGAGCAGAUCCGUGCCCGGGACAACAUUAGCUACGGAACUAAUUCUGCCUUAAAGACUCUGGAGAUGCGUCAGCUAUCCGGUUUGGGGGAUCUUCGAGGGAGAGUAGCAAGGUGUGACGCCAGCAUAGCCAGACUCUCCGCGGAGCACAAAUCCACGUGCGAGGGCCUUCAGCACUUGAACAAAGAGCAGCAGGCUGCCAAACUUAUCCUGGAAACAAAGAUCAAGGACGCAGAGGGCCAGAUUUCUCAGCUUUUGAACAGAGUGGACUUGUCAAUAUCCGAGCAAAGCACCAAACUGAAGAUGUCCCACAGAGAUAGUAACCACCAGCUUCAGCUCUUGGAUACUAAAUUUAAGGGUACAAUUGAGGAACUCAGUAACCAGAUUUUAUCUGCUCGGAAAUGGUUGCAGCAGGAACAGGAACGGAUAGAAAAAGAACUUUUACAGAAAAUCGAUCAGCUCUCCUUGGUUGUUAAGGAAAACAGUGGAGCCAGUGAAAGGGACAUGGAGAAGAAGCUCAGCCAGAUGUCAGCCAGACUCGACAAAAUAGAAGAGAGUCAGAAGAAGCAUAUGGAAGGGCAGAGAACAAAACAAGAAGAAGAGAAGGUGCAUGGGCGAAUCAGCAAGCUGGAGUUGCAGAUGACGGAGGACAUGAAGGAAAUGAAAGCAGAAGUUGAUGCUGGGUUUACAGCCAUCUAUGAAAGCAUAGGAUCCCUCAGGCAAGUUCUUGAAGCCAAGAUGAAACUGGACAAGGACCAGCUACAGAAGCAAAUCCAACAGAUGCAGAAGCUGGAAGCUCCCAUGUGAAGGGAGUUGGGACAAGGACCUCAAAGGUGGUUUUGCCAGUGGGUCUGGGAGCUCAAGACCUCUGUCAGGGUGUGGUGGCAUUUGGGAUUGUUCUAUUUAUGGUGUGCAUGUGCCAAGAAAUGUGUUUUCAUGGGUCUAAAUGUUUACCUUGAGUCUUGAAAACACUCUAUCUUUAAAAACCUAUACUAGUAAUAGAGGAACAUGCAAAUUGUCCGGGACUCCAUCACAGUAGUGACCGAACAGCAGCAGGGCUAGUGAGGGACGACCAAACGACUGAACAGCAGGCUGCGUGGGGCGACCAGGCUGGCAGGGGGGUUAGUGAGGGACGACCAAACGACUGAAAAGCAGGGUGCAUGGGGCGACCAGGCUGGCAGGGA